GUUUUAACUGUGAUAUUCAGUGAUUUCAAGAUGUUCUGCCUCUUCAGUCCACGUCAGUGUGUUGAUAUUUUCGAAACUUGUGAUGAAGAAAAUGAGAUGUUGGAGAUGCACAGCUGUGAGCCGCUGCCGGCGCUGGGCGCGCCCCUGGGCACCGCGGCGGCGUCCGGCCCCGCUCUGUUGCGCCAGCUCGGUCGCCUCAUAGUGCGCGCGCGCAGUCCCGCCGCGCGCCGCACCGCCAAGCUGCGCGCCGCACAUCCAUCCACCAGCCAGGUAGCGCCGCAAUCAAAUGUGGAGUGCCCGGAGCCGCAGUCCGUCGUGGAGGAACAGCUGGAAAGCCACGUGUCGGCGCUCUGGAAUGAACAGAUCCCCGUUUGCAUUGAGGUGCUGCUGGCCCCCGAGUGCGCGCAGUGCCGCGCGGCGCUGGAGGGCGGCGAGCUUGCCUACGAGUCUCGAAUAUAG